UAUACAGACAAGCGCACUGCUCUGCAAUGAUCACGACAAUGAGAGCCUGAAAUCGUGCCUAGAAAACCAACCAGAAUCACUGAAGAUGUCUGAUUCAAGGAGAAGGUCCCGGGGGAAUCAAGAGGAACCAGGAGGGUCAACCAAUGGAGUGGGUGGACAGAACCGGCCUGAGAGAUCGGGCGAUGUGGGUGAUGAAGAUGAUAUUGGUGGCGGACCCUCUGGUAUUAGUCAGGAAGAUGAUGAUCCUUCACGCAGAAGAGAGAUCAGGAGCAAAUACAGGGACCUGAUUAAUGAAGUUCAGCAAAAUCGCGAGGACAUGUUGAAUCCUGCUAACAAUAAACUCACUGAUGUUUUGGAAGAGGCCAACAAACUUUUUGCCAAUGUGAGACAAGCUCGUGAAGCAGCUCUAGACGCUCAACUCUUGGUACUAGCCACUGAUCUAGGGAAGGAGAAGGCCAGCCAGCUACAUGCUGAAGGCUCUUCAUUUGACCCAUCUGCAUUUGCAGAACAUUUGUUGUCCUUUAUGGAUCUGAAUCGUUUGGAGGAUGAAAGUGGUACGGAUGGAAACUUGGGGGGUUAUUUACCAGGAGGAGCCUGGCUUAAGCUUGCAAAGAGAGCUGAGAACUGCUUUAGAACAGCCCCGGCUUUCCACUACAUGUUGGGCUCAUUUUUGGCAGAGCCUCCUCCUCCACGGCAGAGAGUUGAAAGGCAAAGAAGAGUGCCCAGCAGAGAGGAGAAACGGAUUAUGCCCACCCAGCUGAAGAAAAUGGAAGAAUCUCACCAGGAGGCAACUGAGAAAGAGGUGGAAAGGAUUCUUGGAUGUCUGCAAAGAUACUUUAGAGAUGACUCCGAGGAGCCCAUUUCAUAUUACGAGUUCGUCAUCGACCCUAACUCCUUCUCACGAACGGUGGAGAACAUCUUCCACAUGUCUUUUCUAAUUAGAGAUGGUCUGGCGAGGAUGUACUUGGAGAAUGGGCUUCCUUAUAUAGCUCCAGUAGAGGAAGGUGAGAUACAGCCUGGUGGCGCUGCCAUUCGACAUCAGUGUGUCAUCUCGAUCAGCCAGGAAAGCUGGAGGGAAAUCAUUGAUGCCUUUGACAUAAAGCAAGCUCUCAUCCCACCUCCAUGAGCUUGGUCGCAGGAGGUCAAAAAUGCCAAUGACAUCUGUUUGUAAAAUAAAAAUUGUGAAAUUUUUUAUAUUUUUAAUGUUUUGGAUAGAAAUUUUAAGAGUUACAUAUUUGGAUUUUGUAUUAACUGUAAUAGUUGUGUUUAAUACAACAAAUGUAAAGCGAAAUUAAAUUUUAUUGUGUUGAAUGCAAUAAAUUUAAAGUAAAACUGAAGGAAUAUUUUCAUCUGAUGGAAACAUACAAAGUUUCCAACUCUGCUAUCUAUCAUUGUCUUUUUUCUUUCUUUGAAUUUGAAAUGUUAAGAAUGGCAUGUCUGUUUUGCACAAAGACCAUUACCAGAUAGAAUGUUUGCAUGGGAUCAUUAUUUCAUAAAGCGAGUCUGCUUUGUAAACCA